ACAUACCGGGAAGUGUGCGCCUCUUCUCUCUUCCUCAGACUAGACCAGGCCGGAACCAUGCUCCCAGCUCCUCGUCACCGCCGCUCUGUUCUGCUGCUCUGGGCGCUGCUGGUCAGCGUGUCCGGGGACGGCCAAGAGGAGGACGACCCGCACAGCAAGCACCUCUACACCACCGAGAUGUUCAGCCAUGCCGUGAAAGAGGCCCCGCACUUUAUCAUGUUCUUCGCACCCUGGUGUGGACACUGUCAACGUCUUCAGUCAACAUGGAAUGAUUUGGGCGAUAAAUACAAUAAUAUGGAAAAGACUGCAGUUUAUGUUGCUAAGGUGGAUUGCACAGUGGACAACACAUUGUGCUCUGAUAAUGGUGUCCGUGGAUAUCCCACUCUGAAGCUGUUUAAACCAGGCCAAGAAGCUGUGAAGUAUCAGGGAGCAAGGGACUUCCAGACACUGGAAAACUGGAUGCUUCAGACUCUAAAUGAGCAACCAGAAGAACCAAAAGUUGAACAAGAAGCCCCUAAAGCACCAGAGGCCAAACAGGGUCUUUAUGAGCUCUCCUCAGGAAAUUUCAAGGAUCACAUUGCUGAUGGAAACCACUUCAUCAAAUUUUUUGCCCCUUGGUGUGGCCAUUGCAAAUCCUUGGCACCAGUAUGGGAGCAGUUGGCUUCCUCUUAUCAGGAAUCUUCAACGGCUAAAAUUGCAAAGGUUGAUUGUACUCAGCAUAAUGACCUUUGCUCUGAUAAUGAAGUGCGUGGCUAUCCCACACUGCUUUGGUUUAGAAAUGGUGAAAAAGUGGAUCAGUACAAGGGGAAACGGGAUUUGGAUUCCUUAAAAGAGUAUGUGGAAAGCCAGUUGAAACCCACAGACGAUAAGGAAGCAGAUGUCCCAGCACAAGAAGAUGAACCAAUAGCAGAAUCCAAGGUACUGGAUCUAACUGAAAAUAACUUUGAUCAAACUGUUGCCAAAGGUAUCGCCUUUAUAAAGUUCUACGCACCAUGGUGUGGACACUGUAAACAUCUAGCACCCAUAUGGGAGGAUCUUUCCAAAAAAGAAUUUCCUGGUUUUAGUGAUGUGAAAAUAGCUAAAGUGGACUGCACUGCUGAGCGAUCCCUCUGUAAUAGGUUCUCAGUUCGGGGGUACCCAACAUUGCUGCUCUUCCGUGCUGGUGAAAAAGUGAGCGAGCACGAAGGAGCUAGAGACAUGGAAACGCUACAGAACUUUGUAUUGCGGAAUUCCAGGGAUGAACUGUAAAACCACCCUGAACCCUAUGGGUUUGCACUGUGUGUAUGGGCCAAACGGUUACUGAGUCAUUUUACAUGCAGUACUGCAGAGCAUACUUAAUUUAAUGGUGUCUUGGUGUUCUGUAAGAUGCACACAACCCUGAAAAAAACAGGAGCUACAAUUUCUUUCAGAAUGACCAAAAAAACCUCUUGAAGACAUCUCAGGAUGUAUGUUAUGCCACUAUUUUGGACGAUAUUCUUAAAGUUGGUAGGUUUAGCGAUCUGUAUUGAGCAGUUCUUGUGCACAACUUUGUCAUCAAUGUUUUAUGGAAGAUCUCGGCUGUGAAGUGCCUUACUUGCUGGGUGAAAGAUGAAGGGUUGAUCUAAAUCUUUUUCUUCAAUUCUGUGUCGUAAAUGGAUAAUUUUCAAUAUAACUGUCUUGUCACAAAAUGUUACCCUUUUUUACUUGCUGUUGGACGGGGGGGAGGUCAGGGGGUGGGAUAUUUUUGAUCAUGUGUUUCAGUGCAUUGUUGAGCCUUGCCUUUUUCUAGGUUUUGAUGCAACUACACCAAUAAACAUAAAAAACCUUACUAUA